CCGGUUUGAUUUGGAAUUAAGUAAAUUACACAAAACCGAUACAAUGAUUAAAGAACCUUGACGUCGACGAUGAUUGUGUGAUCUCCCCAGAAAAGAGAAAUGAAGAGAUACCAAAAUCUAAAGGUAGGAGAAGCUUUCUCCAAAAAUCGUAUUUACCCAUUUGCUUGCAAUGAACUAAGCUCCAUAUUGAAUCUUGCUUACUCUCUAUCACCCAAAAAUGUCAAAGCUUUGAUCUUCCAAGAUACCCUCUCCGCUUUUCGUCUUCUUCCCGACAUCAAUACAUCAGCUGCUGUUUCAGCCGCUAACCUUCUCCUGAAGAGCGUGGAAGCGGUGCUCCCCAAACAGAAGAAGAAUUUAGCCAUUGUAGAAUUCAAGCAGGCAAAAGUAGCACUAAAGAGGCGUAGUAAGAACCGUGAGGAAGAAGAUAUAGAUAUACCUUCACUUCCACAAGAUAUCCUUAUUCACAUCUUCAGUUUCCUCGAGAUAUCGUCCUUAGUUUCCUCAGCUCAAGUGUCUCGCUCUUGGAACCAAGCAACGCAUGAGAACUCUCUGUGGCAAUCACAAUUUGACCUUCACUUCAAUCACAAAGUCUUGAUUCGUAUGCAGUCCGAUAUUGACUGGAGAGAAGCCUUUAAGAAAGCAUACAUCGCGGCUAAUUCAUCGGAGGCAUUGAGAUCUGGCCGGGGAUACUGCAGUUACUGUGAUUCUAUUGUUUGGCACGAAAACUUGAGAUGUCUGAACAAACAAUGUCGGUUGAAAUCAGGCAACAAGCCACUCGACCUCAUAACAACUCACCAGGUUGUCAACUAUUUGCUGGGGAUAGAGAGUUCUGAUGAUGAAAGCGAAUCAGACGAUGAAGCCUUUCCUGGACGACUAUGGAAACUUUCUUACGUGCCUGAUUACUUGUAAAUCACUAAAGAGAAAUAUAUGGCCCUAUAUGGGCUUGUGGUACCUCAUUGGACCAUUUGGCCUUACUAAGAAUGUUUGUGUAGUUUCAAGCCUACUUGAUUAGCUUUUUGUUUGCAGAUACGUAUGGUAAUAUUGUGUUUUAUCUAAAAGAAGUUUCUACUUUUCUAAUAACACUUGAAUUUACGAAAGAGUAUAAUAAUCUACCAAAAUAAUGGAAUAUAAGA